AUGCAAUUCUCCGUCGCUACCUUGCUCUUUGCUGCUACUUCUUUCGCUGCCUCCUCCGUUGUCUUGACCAAGACCGAGGCUAGCACUGUCUCUGAGACCAUCACUUCUUGUGCUGAGUCCGUGACCAACUGCCCAGCCAAGAACAGCUCUUCUAUUUCUACUUACGAGGGUGGUGCUGCUGCUGGAUUCGGCUCCUACUACGCAGCUGGUGCUGCUGCUGUUGCUGCUGGUGCUUUGUUGUUGUAA